AUGCCGGGGCGGGCGGGCGCAGACGACGGGCUGGAGGAUCCGGGUGUGCCUGGGCUGGAGGCCCGGCCGGCUGGCCUGGGUGCGGGUGUGGCCGUGGCCCUGGGGGGGGGCACCUGGGUUGGGAUGCGGGUCUCCGGCACAGGCCCAAGCCGCUCCCGGUCCCGGGGUGGCGGGGGGCAGGUGGGGGAAGAGGAGGUGACCCCAGAGCUGGUGGAGAUGACCCGGGUUGCAGUCUCGCCUGGGCCCUGGGGCCAAAACGGGUCGGGCCGGCCCGAGCGCCGGCUACCCCGGGCCCCCGGGCCAGGGGAAGGGCGCCAUGGCCGGCAGCAGGGCCGGACGCGGCCCAAGGCGCCGCCCUGGGCCAGCGUCAUCCCUGAGGUCGACGGCAUCCGGGACACCCUGCAGGUCAAGAAGCUGCCCUCCCGCUCGCCGUCGCCGACCCAGACCCAGUCCCGAUCCCCGGGCAGGGGCACCAAGCCCCGGAAAUGCGUGGAGAUCCUGCACCAGAGGCUGUGGUUCAGCUGGGAGCCGCUGCAGGUGCGGGGCCACAGCCUGAAGCCCCAGAUAAAGGUCCCGGCCCAGCCGGCGGCCCCGCCGCCCCCGCCGCCCUCACCCGCUUCCAAGGAGUCCACCGAAGGCCCCGCGGGACGGGAGCUCAGCGGAGAGGAGGGCGGCGGCCAGCCACGAGAGAUCAAGACACCGGAGGCCGCCAGGGCCAAGGAGAAGCAUCCCCCGAUGCCUAGAGCUUCUGGGGCCGGAGAGAAGCAACCCUCCGUGGCUGGGGCUGCCCGGCCAGAAGAAGGGCCUCAUCCUCCGGCGGCUGGGGCCGCAGGGCCAAAAGAGCAUCCCCCGGCGGCUGAAGCUGGCCAGGCAGAAGAGGGGCAAACACGGAAGGUUACGAGGUCAGAAAGCGAGAAGACCCCCGCCACCAAACCGGACAAGACCUCGAGCGUAGAAGGAGAGCAGACCCCGGCUACAGAAGGAAAACCGUCUCUCCGGGCAAGCCAGCCGACCUCAGGCGCAGAAGGCCCCCCUGAAAGUGAGGAUACCUCCGGUGUAGAAAGCAAGCUGCCCUCUGCGCCAGCAAGCAGGCAGCCUUCGGUUGCAGAAAGCAGGCAGUCCCGGUGCGAGCAGAAGCCCUCCCACAAAAGCAGGCGGCCCUCCGGUACGGAAAGCAGGCGGCCCUCACUCUUGGAAAGCAGGCGGCCCUCACUUGGGGAAAGCAGGAAGCCCUCAGCAGCAGAAAGCAAGCGGACCUCGCUUGGGGAAAGCAGGAGGCCCUCAGGAACAGAAAGCAAGCGGCCCUCAGGGGCAGAAAGCAAGCGGCCCUCAAGGGCAGAAAGCAGGCGGUCUUCAAAGUCAGGCCAGCAGACCCCAGUGGUACAGGAGGAGACCUCGGAGUCAGAAAGCAAGCACACUUCAGGGGUAGAAGCAGAGACCUCAGAGACAGAAGGCAAGCAGAUUUUAGAGGCCCAAGGUGAGGAGAUCUUAGAGGCCCAAGGUGAGGAGAUCUCAGGAGUAGAAGGGGAGGAGACCUCUGGGCCAGAAGCCCCGCAAACCUCAGAAGAUCAGCCGACCUCAGAGGCAGAAGAGGAUCUGACCUCAGAAGUAGAAGGCCAGCCGACCUCAGGGCAAGAAGGCCAGCAGAUCUCAGGGCCAGAAGGCCAGUUGACCUCAGAGGCAGAAGGCCAGCAAACUUCAGGGGCAGAAGGGGAGUUGACCUCAGAGGCAGAAGGCCAGCAGGCCUCAGGAGCAGAAGGUGAGCUGACCUCAGAGGCAGGCCAGCAGGCCUCAGGAGCAGAAGGUGAGCUGACCUCAGAGGCAGAAGGCCAGCAGGCCUCAGGAGCAGAAGGUGAGCUGACCUCAGAGGCAGAAGGCCAGCAGGCCUCAGGGGCAGAAGGCGAGCUGACCUCUGGGCCAGAAGACCAGGUGACCCCAGGAGCAGAAGAGGAGCUGGCCUCAGAGGCAGAAGGCCAGCAGGCCUCAGCGGCAGAAGGUGAGCUGACCUCAGAGGCAGAAGGCCAGCAGGCCUCAGCGGCAGAAGGUGAGCUGACCUCAGAGGCAGAAGGCCCGCAGGCCUCAGUGGCAGAAGACGAGCUGACCUCUGGGCCAGAAGGCCAGGUGACUCCAGGGGCAGAAGAGGAGCUGGCCUCCACGCUAGAAGGCCAGGUGACCUCAGGAACAGAAGGCGAGCUGACCUCAGGAGCAGAAUUUGAUCAGCUUCUGGCCACAGAAGAUGAGCAGACUUUAGGUGUGAAGACUCCUGAAGGUGAUGAGCUCCUGGACCACGGCAAAGCCUUAUGGCUGGUGAUUGAAGGGGUCGCAAAGAGCAAAGACCAAGAACUGACUGAGGAACUUCCAAAAGAAGAAGGGUCAGAAGGUUACGAAAAGAAGAAAUCAUUAUCUGCUGAGAAAAGUAACCCUACCGAAAAGAGUGAGACACAAUUCUCAGAAACCAAGUUUGAGAACGCCACGGAUAACACAGCCGACGUAGCCAAUGAAGGAGAAGAAGCCAACAGGAAGACGAGCCCUAUAAAAGCCCAAGAAAUGAUGGAAGGAGAGCAGCCUGGUCAAGGGGCUGAGGAAAAGAAAGAAAUCCUCCAGGGCGGGGAGGAAGGGGCAGAGGGGGAGAAGGAGCCUGAAGGGGGAGAGGGAGAGAAGGAGCCUGAAGGGGGAGAGGGGGAGAAGGAGCCUGAAGGGGGAGAGGGGGAGAAGGAGCCUGAAGUGGGAGAGGGGGAGAAGGAACCUGAAGGGGGAGAGGGGGAGAAGGAACCUGAAGGAGGAUAGAGGGAGAGAGAUUGUGGCUGAAGCAACCAAUGGCAUGAAGGAAGGCAUCGAGCCAUUGGGGGUAGGGGAACUUAGAAAGAAGGACUUGAUGGGGGUUUUGCAAGGGAAGAAGAUGGAAGUGUGGGACUCUAGAAAGGACCCAGAAAAGUGGGGCUUCAGUAUUAUUGACAUGUGCCCCCAAAGUGGGGCUACACAGAAGGAAGGAGAUGCCAUCUGCCAGGCCUUUAGAGGGGAAAAAUGAGGGGCAGGGAGAGCAGGCCUGGAGAAGGCAGGUUCUGAUGGAAAUUCUAGAGAAUCAAAGAAUGGAGAAUGAAGAAACCUUGUGGAGGAUUGCAGACGGGGGUGCCUGGUAUAUGUCUCUAAGCCUGCUUCAGGAGAAAGAAUGAAGUGAUAAAAGAACUGCAAGAUCCCUGCCUUGCCGGGAUGGCAGCCCCGGCAUUCUGAGAUUCCCUGGCCUGGGGAGUAUGGAGCUUUGCUUUUCUGAUUUACCAACUGCCUAAUUCUGCAUUCUACAAUUUGUCCAAUGAUCGGCAGAGUAACCCCAGCAAAGGAAGGCCA